AUGGUCGACAGAAUUUCCUUUGAUCGUUGUCCUUUCAGGCCCUCAUCGACAUGUACUCAAUGCCCAACGGAGUGCAGGACCAAGACGCCGAGGAAGAAGCGAGCGGGGGCGAGAGCGGCGAGGAGCAUUCAGAGGCCGAGGAGGACGAGGAGAGCGACGAAUCGACCGAUGACGAAGAAGUCAACUCGCCUCCUCACAGGGAGAGGAGAACCAAACACGCUCACGACCCGGCGAGCGUUCCGGACUUGGUGGCCGCGCCGACUGGUCAGUCUUCGAAGCGUCCUAGGACGUCUUCCCCAACGCCGACUGAAAAGGCUCCAAAGUAGUCCAAAGUUGCGCCGCCUCCAGUGCCGAAAGCUACCUCCUCCAAACUGCCAAAAGCUUUGCCCAGGAUCAAAGUGA